GUGGUGGUGGUAUUAGGAGAUAAUAAAAGGCGGGCGGGGCAUGGGCUGGGGAUGCUAGCCUCGCCUGAGAGAGACAGAGUGAGAUUGCGAUUGCGAUUGCGAUUGGGAUCUCGUCGUCGCCGGCGCCCGCCAUGGCGUCGUCCCUGGAGUCCGCAUGGGAGUUCCUCAUCACGCAUUUCAGCGAGUUCCAGCUGGCCUCCAUCGGCACCUUCCUUCUCCACGAGACCGUCUUCUUCGUCUCCGGCUUCCCCUCCCUCCUCCUCGAGCGCCUCGGCCUCUUCUCCAACUACAAGAUCCAGAAGAAGAGCAAUACACCUGAUUACCAGAACAGAUGUGUAGUGCGUCUCGUUCUCUACCAUGUCUGCGUCAAUCUCCCCCUCAUGAUUUUGUCAUAUCGCACCUUCAAAUUCAUGGGCCUCAGGAGCACCCUUCCGCUGCCCCACUGGACAGUUGUCGUCUCUCAAGUUCUUUUCUUUUUUGUGCUUGAGGAUUUUAUAUUCUACUGGGGGCACAGAGCACUACAUACCAAAUGGCUAUACCAGCAUGUUCACAGUGUCCACCAUGAAUAUGCUACGCCCUUUGGCCUAACAUCUGAAUAUGCCCACCCUGCGGAAAUUCUGUUCUUGGGCUUCGCCACCGUGGCCGGCCCUGCCCUUACCGGCCCUCACCUCUUCACCCUGUGGGUGUGGAUGGUCCUGAGGGUGUUGGAGACGGUGGAGGCUCACAGUGGGUACCACUUCCCAUGGAGCCCAUCUAAUUUCUUGCCAUUAUAUGGCGGCGCUGAAUUCCAUGACUAUCAUCACCGUGUUCUCUACACCAAGUCUGGGAAUUACUCGUCGACUUUCAUCUAUAUGGACUGGCUGUUUGGGACUGAUAAAGAUUACCGCAAGGCAAAGGCCAUAGAGGAGAAAGUCUGGAAGCAUCUGUAAAUCGUGAGCUAACUCUUAUCCCUUGCUGGCGCCUUAUUCCCAAUGAGCUUUCAUGUGUUGUAAUAGUACUGAUGAGACAUUGUUCUGUUGAUGAAGCAAAACCACAGGCAGGUGUCUUCUACCUUGAUUAGUGCACAUGUGUUUGUACAUUCCGCCAUCAAAGUGGUGCUCCUGUUAGUUUCUUCAUGCUGUAAUUCUCCAUUGUAAUUUUGGACUGCAGAUUUGGAGUGUGUCGUGCGAUUAAUUUGAAGCAAAAUAAAAGGUUUAAGUUUUUGCUGCGGAUGUUUGUAUCCACAUGUGGAUAUGGUCUGGAUUGGAUUAGAAACGUAGAACUUCUGUAUGGGCCCUGGCUGGACCUGGCCCACCUAAAACGUGCCUUUAGCUUGUCCGUAAAAGUAGUUAUCCACCUAUCACUUGGUUUAUGUUUACUAGAUGGCAAUGUUAUACCUGUGCUAACCCUAUGGCUCAAUUUAGUACUGUGAACAAUAUAUUAUAAAC